AUGGAUCAAGCUCGUAACUCAAACAUGGACAUCGAGAAGGAAUCAACAACGUUCGACUACUCCAAACGUGCUCAAUGGCUACGCGCCGCCGUGCUCGGAGCUAACGACGGUCUCGUCUCCACCGCGUCGUUGAUGAUGGGAGUCGGUGCCGUGAAACAUGACGUCAAGGCCAUGAUCCUCUCCGGAUUCGCCGGAAUGGUUGCCGGAGCUUGUAGUAUGGCGAUCGGAGAGUUCGUCUCCGUUUACUCUCAGUACGACAUAGAGGUUGCUCAGAUGGAGAGAGAGAGUGGGAUAAUAGAGAAAGAGAAGCUUCCAAGUCCGACACAAGCGGCUGCUGCGUCUGCGCUUGCGUUUUCCUUGGGCGCGAUUGUGCCGCUUUUGGCGGCUGCGUUUGUGAAGGAGUAUAGAGUGAGGAUCAUUGCGGUUGUGGCAGCAGUUACGGUGGCGCUUGUGGCUUUUGGGUGGUUAGGAGCGGCGCUAGGGAAGGCACCGGUGCUUAGGUCGUCGGCUAGGGUUUUGUUUGGAGGGUGGUUGGCUAUGGCUGUUACGUUUGGGUUGACUAAGCUUAUUGGGUUGCAUGGACUUUGA